GCGUACAGUUCUAAUUCUGCAUAACCAAUUGGCGUACCUGAGCUGCGUGUGGCUUCUUCGCUGAUCAACAAUGUCUGACACGUCGAAGGGUAUCCCUCAAGAGCAGCUGCCAUCACAGGAGCUCCACCCGCCGCCAAUGCCAGUGAUCAACCUUGGCCACCUCAGUCUUGAUGAUCCCACGGUGCGGUCCCGGGUGGUCAACGAUAUCGCCAAAGCAUGCCGUGAUCUGGGAUACUUCCAGGUUAUAAGUCAUGGGAUCAGUCAAUCAGUCAUGGAUGGUGCUAUUGAAGCUGCUUCAGAAUUCUUCAAACUGCCAAAUGAGAUAAAGAAAGAGUAUGCAUCAGAUGAUAUCCGGCAACCUGUUAGAUACGAUACCAGCUCAAAGGAUGGCAUUAGUAUGUCUCGGGCAUUCCUGAAGCAUUAUGCCCAUCCCCUCUGCGAUUGGCUGCAAUACUGGCCACAGCAACCACCAAUAUAUAGGGAAUACAUGGCAAAAUAUGCCGUAGAAGUAAGGGUGGUGGCUCUGAAACUGAUGGAAGCAAUUCUAGAAGGCCUAGGCAUUGGCAAGGAAUACAUGCAAGAGAAAUUUGAGGAAGGCUUACAGCUAUUGUCAGUGAAUUGCUACCCUAAAGUGUCUCAAAGUGAUACGUCAAUAGGUCUGGCAGCACAUUCUGAUUAUGGGCUCCUAACCAUCUUGCUCACAAGUUGUCAGGGCCUUGAGGUUGUUGACCGCAGCAGCAACAGCUGGAAAGUGGUCCAGCAACUCCCACAUGCAUUGCAUGUCCAUGUAGGAGACCACAUGGAAGUUCUAAGCAAUGGCCGAAUCAAGACUGUUGUGCACCGCGCUGUUCUGAAUCCUCAAGAAGCAAGGAUUUCUCUCGCUAGCAUUCAUGGUUUUGCACUGCAUGAGAAGGUCUCCAGUGCCAAAGAGCUGGUCGACGAGGAAAAUCCACAAAAGUACAAAGAAAACAGCUUUAAUGACUUCCUAGAGCAUCUCACUGCCAAUAUGGACAACAGGCAAAGGAACUUUCUUGAGAGCCUUAGAAUGUAAGGGGCACAUUCACGGUACGGUCUUCACUUUACGUCCAAAAGUAGGUAGUACGAUGUGCAUAUGUCUCCCAACAGUUUAUCCCUAUCUGUUUCAGACUAAUGCUGCGUCUUUAAUUAGUCUAUUUUGUACCAUUUUGAUCUAGUUUUACUAACUUGUUUACUGUCAAGUUGUUUUUCCUUUCCAUCAUACGGUAUUGAUAUGGGUCUGUAGAAGGUAAGGAAAACCAACCGUGUAAAAAAUAUACAAUAACAAUAGGGCUCCUGCUGUUAGCCAUUUAAGCUAGGACUUUGUAUUAACUACUCCGUAUGAAAGGGACACAUUUAUUCAUUUUGUUUAUUUUUUCUUGGUGGACACUGUCAUCCAUAUAAAAUUUUUACAUUUAAGAGCCAAGGAAUUAAGGAAGAAUAAAGAUUUAUGAAUGAGAAACAAUGAAAAGAGUGAAGUACAGAAGGUAAUCACGUUAAGAAAAAUGAUGUGAGAAACGCCUAGGAGUCUUCCGGCUAGCUCCACAAGGUGGUGGGCUAGACGACCUGGAUUCGAAGUUUCACCCCUUCUAAUUAUUUGAUAUUAGGUCCUUCCCUAAUAUUCACGUCUUUUUUGUUAAGAAAAAUGAUGUAACCAUCUAUAAGGAGCAAAUCCAGACCAGAAGUGCUCAAUUAUAUACCUUGUGGUUAUAUACAUGGUCAUGUAAUUUGUUUUUAUGGUAUGAGAUUUUAACAUCACCCAAUCAUGUAGGCCAAUUGGUUCUAUGGUAUUGAGAAGCAGAUCAAGCUAAAGUUUAUCUUGGCAUGUUGAAAUCCUAAGCAUCAUCAUCAUCAUCAUCAUCAUCAUCAUCAUCAUCAUCAAUACAAGCCAUAUCUUGGCUGCCAGGUGUCCAUUUCCAGUCUAAUAAGAGUCAGUUGGUUUUUCUUUCAGAGAAACGCAUGUAAUUAUCUUUAGCCAUCAUCUACAACUUUUAGGAUCGAAUAUAUUUCAAAAUUUAAAGUGCAUGUGUGGUUUACAUGUCCCAAUGUGUAAUUCCAUUAUAUAUAUUAAGCAUGCCAUUUACAAAA